AAGCUGCCGUCAUGAAUGCGUAACCAGGUAGUAGGCGGUACUCGGCCAAUUGGAGUGUGCGCUGUCGCGCCGCUCGGCCAAUGGGAGCCCCGUGCGGGAGCGCGGGUUUCGGCUGGGAGUUCGCGGCCUCGGGGCUCCUGCUUCAGACGCCCGAAGAUGAACGGAGCCCGGGAGCUGAAACACCUGCAGAAGGCCAAGUUGAAAGCCCAGAGAAGCCACAACCUGAGGGAGGAGGCGAAUAUCUGCAACCAGCUGGGCGAGGUGCUGGCCAAACAAGGUCAGUUCCAGAAGGCGAUCGAGGAACACCGGCAGGAGCUGCAGCUGUCCGAGGUGCUGAACGAUGUGAUCGGCUGUGCGGUGGCCAACCGGAAGAUUGGGGAAUGCCUCGCAGAGCUGGGGAGCUACUCCGAUGCACUUGAGCAUCAGCGCAAGCACCUGCAAUUGGCCCAACAGGUGGCCAAUCACGUGGAGGAGCAGCGAGCCUGGGCGACCAUUGGCCGGACAUACCUCUUCAUCUACGAGACUGACCAGGAGAGCGAGUCACUGCAGGAGGCGGAAAAUGCCUUCCAGAAGAGCCUGGCUAUCGUUGACAACAAGUUGGAAGGAAAGGUCUCCCAGCAUGAGCUCAGUGAGAUGCGAGCCAGGCUCUACCUCAACCUGGGCUUCCUCUGUGACAACAAGAAGGACCCAGUCAGAUGCAACCAAUACAUCCGCAAGAGUAUCUACAUUGCCGAGCAGAACAAAUUGUAUGAGGAUCUGUACCGGGCCAACGUCAACCUGGGGAACAUCCACUGUCGCAACGGAGAGCACGCCAAGGCCGUCCGCUUGCUCGAGGCAGCCAAGGAGUGCGCCAGGAAGAUGAAGGAGAAGUUCAUGGAGAGCGAGUGUUUCAGCAGCAUUGGGCAGGUCAUGCUGAUUCUUGGGGACUUCGUGGCUGCCAAGCGAUCCUUAAGGAAGGCGUUUAAACUGGGAUCUCAACACCAGUCAGAUCACGAUAUGGUGAGGAGAAAUCUCAAAAAUGCUGUGAAGGGUUGCCGGCUGGAGGAGGCCCUGUCCGAGCUGGGCAAGGAAGAGCAGCAAGAUGCGCUGGGUCUGUGCGAGCAGCUCGGUGAUCUCUGCUGCAAGGUCUGCAGUUACCGGAAAGCCAUCGACUACUACCAGAUGCAGCUGAGAUAUGCAGAGCAGCUGGAGAAACCAGACCGGGAGCUGGCGGUUAUACACGUCUCACUAGCGACCACAUUUUCUGACCUUGAUGACCACGAACAGGCUCUGAAACAUUACCAGGCUGAACUGAGUCUGCGGACAGGAAACCCGAAGGAGGAGUGCAAGACCUGGCUGAACGUGGCAAUGGCCAAAGAAGAGUGUGGGCGACCGUACGCCGAGCUGGAGGAGUGUUACCAGAAGGCGCUGCGGUGUGCCGACCAGGCUGAGAUGCCCCGUCUGCAGGCCCGAUCGAUGAGGCUUCUCCACUCUGUCCAGCAGAGGAAUGGGCGCCCCGAGGCCGACAUCACCCUGGGCCGCCUGCAGCAACUGUCGCCAGGCAGUGAGAGCGGAGACGAGAGUGAUGUGGGCGAGGUGGACAACAGUGAGCCCCUAGAAGACAGCGAGCUGGAGCUCUCCGAGAGCGAUGACGAAGAGAUGGAAGGCUAUGAUAAAUCCAUCCCUGGCCGGAGGAAGAUAAACCGGUGGAACCGGAGGAAUGAGAAGGGUGAGACCGUGUUACACCGAGCCUGUAUUGAGGGGAAUCUGAAACACGUUCAGUGUCUGGUGGAGAAGGGCCACCCCUUGAACCCCCGGGAUUACUGUGGCUGGACACCACUUCAUGAGGCAUGCAACCACGGGCACUUGGAGAUCGUCCAGUUCCUCCUGGAUCACCAGGCCAACAUCAAUGAUGCGGGUGGGCCGCACUGUGAGGGAAUCACCCCCCUGCACGAUGCUGUCAUUUCCGGCAACUUCGCCGUGGCCCAGCUGCUGGUUGAGAAGGGAGCGUCGGUGACGGUCCAGAAUGCUGAGGGUCAGACUCCCCUGGACAGUCUGCACAAGUGGGAGCGCGACUAUCGCACGGACCUCGACCGCGAUACGAGGCUGCAGUGCAGACAUCUGGAGAAGAUGCUGAUGAGCGCCCUAGCCCGAGGCGAGCCUCACCGUCCCCAGCUUGGCCAGUGUUUCGGAGAGAGCGACCUGUUUGACUCAGAGAGUUCUCAGAAAAACCCGUUGCCUGCCUCACAGGACACUGACGGACGGAGGGCAGGGAGGGUAACCCUGACCCAAAGCCGCAGCACCCAGGGGUACCGGCACAGGGGAGCCCAGGAAUCCCGACUUCACACUGGAUGCAGCACCCAGCUAUCCUCCCAGAGCAGAAUGGGACACUCGGACAGUAGGGAGGUGGGCUCUCCGGCGCCACCAGAAGGGGAGGGGGAGGAGGAGGUCCCUAUGGAUCGGAUCCACCUAGUGAGGAAGCCACAGAGAGCAGCGGUUCCCACAUCUCUGUGUGACCUUGGAGUUGCCGGUGGUCAUGGUGCGUCUGGCCCCGAGCUGGGGAGGGUAUCAGGCGACCCCAGCCCUGCGGCUUCCACCUACCAGGCAGCGAUGCGGGGGCUGGGCAGUGCCAAGUCCCGCACGCUGUCCCAGGCCGUAGUGGACCCCCCUCAGAUAUCCACCAACCCGCCAGCCAGACCGGCGCUGGUCCCCGAUGCAGAGUACCCGGGCGAUGACUGGCUGGAGGACGAUCUGGGUGACCGCCGGCGGAGGAAGAGGCUGCGGGAACAUGGGGGGGCGUCCCCAGACGUCAGCCCGGCAGAGUUGGACUCAGCCAGCGAGGAUGAGCUCGUCAGCGGUUCCCCUGCCAAGUCGGCGCCUGCGGGCCCCGGAUCCCGUGGCGGUCCUGCCCCGCAGAGGAAGAGGCGGCGGCAGGUGCGGAUGACCCAGAUGGUGGAAAGGACAGUGGUCGGGAGGACAGGGAGGACCGCCAGCACGUCUGCCGAACGCAUCCCUGAGCUCAGCACUCCAGUAGCAGCCCCUUACAACUCCACGAGUUCAGUGCCGCCGAUGACGCAGUCUGUGAACACGACAGUGGUUCCGUCCAUCAGGGUCAGGGUCAAGGUUCAAGAGUGUACGUUCCUGAUCCCUGUGCCACACAGCAGCACUGAGGAACACACGGUGUCGUGGCUGGCAGACCAGGCCUCCCAGCGCUACUACCAGGCCUGUGGACUGCUGCCCAAGCUCACCCUGCAGAAGGAAGGGGCACUGCUCGACCUGCAGGAUCCCGUCAUCCAUGUUCUGCAGAGCAAUGAGGAGGUGCUGGCGAACGUGGUGUCCUGGGACAUGCCACCUCUCGCUGACAGAUACAAGAAAGCGUGCCAGAGCCUGGGAUUGGGUGAGGACGGCCUGGUGCUGCAGGCGUGCGAGACGCAGGGGAACAGCAGCUCUUUCCGUCUAUGUGGCCUGUCGCUGGGCCCCAAGCGCCUGACGCCCGUCUUGCGCGCCCUCCGGCAACACACUGCCACCCGCCAUCUCCGGCUCUCCGGCAACCGUCUCACCGACUCCGCUGCGGAGGAGCUGCUGGGCAGCCUGGUCACCAUGCCCAACCUCACCCUGCUUGACGUCUCCUCCAAUCAGAUCACAGCCCUGGGGCUGAGGAAGCUCAGCGAGGGAGCUCAGCGCCCUGGUGAACCAGUCUUCCAGAAUCUGCAGGAGUUGGACCUGAGCCUCAACCCCCUGGGUGAAGGCAGCUCCCAGCCGCUGGCUUCACUGAUCGCCGCCUGCCCCGUCCUCAGCACACUCAGACUCCAGGGCUGCGGUCUCACCACCCGCUUCCUGCAGCACCAUCGACUGCAGCUGGCGGAGGCCCUAAAGGGUGCCCUGCAUCUGAAAACGCUGUGCCUGUCUCACAACCCUCUGGGUGCAGUGGGCAUAGAGCUGGUUCUGCAGAGCCUGCCUCACCACAGCCUCACCCACCUGGAGCUGGCGGCGGUGGGCGGAGCCUGCGGGGACACGCUGCGCGUCGAGCACUUGGUCAGGUACCUGUCGCAGGAUGGAUGCUCUCUGACCCACCUGAACCUCUCCGCUAAUCGUCUGACGGAUGAUUCUCUUCGGGACCUUUCCAGGUGUCUGCUGCUGUGCCGCUCGCUGCUGUCACUCGACCUGUCUGCCAACGCAGGGCUGACCAGUGGAGGGGUGGAAAUGCUGCUGGGGGCCAUGCGUGAGCGGAACUGUGCAAUGCACUUCCUCAGUGUGGCAGGUGCCCCCGUGCAUAGCUCCCCGCUCGCCGAGGGAAUUGCUCCCAAGCUGGGCGAACUGCGUCUCUGUAGCACCCGGCUCAGUAAGUGUGACAAGGAGGGACUGACGGACUCCUGGCGAAGUUCCCUGGGAGGGCAGCUUCAGAUUCUCUGCCGUUUGCACAAGUGUCUGCUGAAAGCAGUGCCCAGCAGCCAGCAUUAACCCGCCUGCCCGCUCCCGUCCACCGGCCCCGUAGCCCUUCCAUCCAUGUAUGUAUAAUGACAACCUUUUUAAUCACAGCUGCCUUUGUACAUUGUGUAUUAAACCAGACAUCUUGACUGAUCUGAGUCUGAUCUUCACUCUCUGGUUCCUGCCCCUGCCCCUCUC